AUGUUGGGUUUAACAUCGGAUACAUAUACUUUUGUCAGUGAAGCGCACGGCAGCAGGAGAUGGUUGGAUCAUUGCGUCAUCACUGAGGCAGAGGCUGCUAGUCUUAGCUUUAAGAGUGUAAAGGGUAGUAGUAAUAAAUCACGCCCUAUUGCAGGCUGGAACAAACACGUGCGCGAUGCUCACCGGGAUGCCCGACAGAAGUUCUUGAAUUGGGUCCAACCAGUUAGCUGUCCGCCCGGUAGGUGUGAUGGUGCUGAGUCAGUGGUGGCCGGCGUGCCUGAGCGCUUCACGGCUAAAUCAGUGUUUCAGGUAAUUAAACAAAUGAAGCGCGGCAAGUCGCCCGGCCACGACGGGCUCAGCAUUGAACACUUAUUGUAUGCGGGGCCUCACUUGUCGAGGUUAUUGGACCUGUCCAAGGCAUUUGACCGGGUUCAGUAUGAUAUUCUGUGGGGUAAGCUGAGACAGGCGGGUGUACCAGCAGAUACCAUUAAUGUGCUUCGAUACUGGUAUGAGCAUCAAACUAAUCAGGUCAGAUGGCUUGGACAGUUAUCGGAUGAGUAUAGGCUUGAGUGUGGGGUAAGACAGGGUGGUCUGACUUCGCCCUCACUCUUUAAUUUUUAUAUCAACCAGCUGAUCGAUGAACUUAGCAGCGCAUGUGUCGGUUGCUCUCUUGACGGUCUCUGCGUCAACAGCAUAAGCUAUGCCGACGACAUGGUGCUGCUGAGUCCAUCGAUCGCUGGUCUCAGAAAGUUGAUGAGUGUUUGCGAGCGGUACGCUGAAUCUCACGGUCUUCUCUACAAUGUGGAGAAGAGUGAACUCAUGGUUUUUGUGGUAAAGGGUCGCAAGUUAAGUAAUGUUCCCCCGGUCUACUUAAAUAAGGUUCCCUUAGCUCGGGUGUCGUCCUUUAAGUAUCUUGGACACAUCGUGAAUGAGAAACUGAAGGAUGAUACCGAUAUGGAAAGGGAAAGGAGAGCGUUGGCAGUGCGCUGCAACAUGUUAGCACGCAGAUUUGCACGGUGUAGCGCAGAAGUUAAAAUAACAUUGUUUAAAGCCUUCUGCCAAGCAAUGUACACCUGCAAUCUGUGGGUUGAUUACACGCGGGGGGCUUACAAUGCUCUCCGAGUCCAAUAUAACAAUGCCUUCAGGGUGAUGUUGGGGCUGCCACGUUUUUGUAGCGCGUCGGGCAUGUUUGCGCAAGCUCACACGGAUGGCUUUCAAGCAGUCUUGCGCAAGCGUGUCUUCUCACUUAUGCAUAGAGUGCGUGCCAGCGCUAACACCAUCCUGAAGGUAAUUAGCGAUAAGCCAGAUUGUCCACUUAUGAUGCACUGGGUACAUGCACAUAUGCAUGUGCCUAGUGCAUCAGGCGGGCCUGGCAAAUAUUUAAAUUAAAUUUUGUUUUGUCACUACUAACAUAGUUUUUAA